CCUUCGUUGCCUGCAUGCCCCACAUCCGAUCCUAUAUACCCACCAAAUUUUGAGAGAGAGAGAGAGAGUUGGCCGGCGCCUACUUUGCUUGCACCCCUGCAAUGGCUUCCAAUGUUUUGGCCGCGAGUUUCCUCCUCAUCUUUCUCUCUUUCUUUAUCUCGGGCUUCAACUUGUUGGAGGCUCAGAUGGUUCCGGCCGUGUUUGUAUUUGGAGACUCUCUUGUGGACGUGGGCAACAACAACUACUUGAAGAUUUCGCUUGCCAAAGCAGAUUUUCCCCACAACGGCGUCGACUUCCCCACCAAAAAACCAACAGGGAGGUUUACCAACGGCAAGAACGCUGCGGACUUCGUUGCUGAGAAAGUUGGGCUGCCAACUUCACCACCAUAUCUAUCCCUGCUGUCCAAGUCCAACAAGAGUAACGCAUCGUUUCUGACUGGUGUUAGCUUCGCAUCCGGAGGUGCAGGAAUCUUUGAUGGCACGGACGAACGUUAUCGUCAAUCUCUAACUUUGACGAAACAAGUAGACUAUUUUUCAACGGUGUGCGAAGACUUGAAGCAACAACUUGGAUCCUCUGGUGCACAAAACCUUUUAUCCAAAUCUCUUUUCGCCAUUGUGAUUGGAAGCAACGAUAUCUUCGGAUACUUCGGCUCUUCUGAUCUCCGCAGUAAGAGUACCCCGCAGCAGUACGUGGACUCGAUGGCUCUUGCACUAAAACAACAAUUAAAGCGUAUACACAGUUGCGGUGCACGUAAAUUUGUGGUGGCGGGGGUCGGGGCAAUCGGGUGCUGCCCGUCAGAGAGGUAUAAGAACAAGACGGAAGAAUGCAAUGAAGAAACAAACCACUGGUCUGUUAAAUACAAUGCUGCCCUUGCGUCGAUGUUGCGGGAAUUGAAAUCAGAGCUCAAGAACAUUCACUACUCUUACUUUGAUACCUACGCUGUCUUGCUAAACUUCAUCCAGAAACCGACAGCUUAUGGAUUUACAGAGGUUAAAGCUGCAUGUUGUGGGCUAGGGAACCUUAAGGCCAAGGUUCCUUGCCUGCCAAUUGCGACCUAUUGCUCCAACAGAAGAGAUCACGUCUUCUGGGACCUAUACCAUCCUACAGAGGCUGCUAAUCGCAUUAUUGCUGAUAACAUUUUUGAUGGCCCUUCACACUACACAUUUCCGUUGAAUGUGAGACAACUAAUUGCAGUUUAGACUCAACAUUACAAAAAUGCCAACAAAAUCAUCAAAAAGCAAUUACAAAAUUCGUCACCGAGAUGUCGUUAUGCACAGCUCUCUCUUCCUCUUAUCUAUUUUCACUAAUCUAAAUCAUUUGCAAUAUCUGUCACAGCCAGAAAAGAAAAACCACAAUGAUGAUCUAUUUCAGCCAUAGCAUAGUGAUGUUUACCAUUGACAGCUGAGACCGGAUGUUUGUCCAGAUGUCUAGAUUUGGUAUGUGAUAUGUAACCUUAACCCGAAAAUUUCCUGAAGAAAAUCAAACCAAGAGAACAUAUAUGUAGAACAUGAUAACACGGAUUGUUGUUGUUCUUGUUGAGAAUAUAAUAGUAGAAAAUGAUACCUUCAA